CUGCAAAUCUUCAUUUGUAGUGUAAAACGUGAACAAGUCGGACGCCAUUGCGAGUAAUUCCAUUUUUGUUUAAUUUCAAAUAGUAUUAAGUUUGUGAUAUUAAAUGAAGACUGUGCUAAUUAAGAUUGCAAUCUGAAGAAAAAGAGUCGUUGAAGACUUUUGGUGAAGCUUUUCUGUUCAAGAAGUCAUCUAAUAAGAAAAACUAAAAAUGGACGAUGAUCAACAGUUCUGUCUACGAUGGAACAAUCACCAGAGCACACUCAUAAGUGUGUUCGACACACUUUUGGAAAAUGGAACGUUAGUUGAUUGUACAUUGGCGGCGGAAGGGAAAUUUUUGAAAGCACACAAAGUUGUUCUCUCCGCGUGCAGUCCGUAUUUUGCGGCACUACUCUCUCAACAAUAUGACAAACACCCAAUCUUUAUUCUCAAAGAUGUGAAAUUUCAAGAAUUGCGCGCCAUGAUGGACUAUAUGUAUCGUGGUGAAGUGAAUAUAUCACAAGAUCAAUUGGCUGCAUUGUUGAAAGCAGCUGAAUCCCUGCAGAUCAAGGGAUUGUCCGAUAGUCGAGGCAGUGGCGGAAGUGGUGGAUCAUCUCAGAAAGCUGAUACAUCAACAAAAACACACGCAAGUGUACCUGCAGCAAAGACAACGGCUGGUCUCACAAUAGAACAGAAGAGGCCACGUAUUGAGAAGCAGCAUCCCGCCACAAUAGAUAUGGAGCCAGAUGUGUCAGAUUCACGAGAGGGCUCAACUAGUCCCAACUCAAGAAAACGAAAGAAAGUUCGCCGGAGGAGCAUAGAAACAAACAACAUUGGCGAUAAUCAUGACCAGCACUCAAAUUCCUCGUCACAUUCAAUGCCUCAUGCUGCUUCGUCCACCCAUUCAACAUCAAUGCCAACUAUUACCUCAGCUACCUCUUCCGCAAGCGUAUUGAAUGUUACCAAAAAGACUGACCACCAAUCGCACGAAAGCAAGGGUGACAUUGAGAGGGAUGUGGAUGAUAAUGGUGACGAUGGGGCGGAUGGUGGUGAAUCGCAUCAGCAGCCAGUUGUGACACGAAGUAAACAAAGUGUUUCUGGUGACACGGAUUCGGUGGCUGGUGGUGUUAAGGAUAAAAUGGAACAUUCAACGCACUCGGACAUGCUGCUCGAACCAAAAAAUGAAUAUGACGAAAGCAACGAGGGAAAUGUUGAGGAUCUGACACUUGACGAUGAGGAAUUGCUAGAUGAUUUGGAACAAGCUGGACCCAGUCAUGGUGGUGAAGGCUCUAGUCAAGGAUACGCUCAAUGGCAAAUCGAAAGAUCUCAAGAUGAAGUGUUUAUGGGCGGACAGGAUUCAGCUGGGCAACAUCGGGAUGCACAAGAAGAAUUGACAUGUACACCGAACUUACAGUUUUUAAACAAUGACCCAGAAUCUCAGCGAUUCUUUUGCAAUGUUUGUGACAAGAGUUAUCUGCGAAAGCGCCAUUUGCAGCGCCAUAUGCGCGAUGAGUGCAUUGGUAUUCCGCCGAGAUUCAAUUGUUCACUGUGUCCGUCGAAAUUUCGCCGGAAAUAUCAUUUGGUGCGUCAUCUGAACUCCAAGCAUGGUAUUGUGACGCCAAAGAUGGAAUCAACGGGAAAUUCGUCUGGGAAUGAGGGUGGUGGUGGUAGUGGGAUGAAUAAUGGGAGUAUGCAGGAGGAUAUGGAGAUGUACAAUCGUGCCAUAAGUUUGAUUGUGCCAAAGAAGGAGCCACCACCGGCUGGUGGUGAGGUGUCGGCUCCGCAAUUGGAUGAAAAUAUGGAGAUUUACAAUCGUUUGAUGAAUUUUGAAAAAUUCUCAAUUGGUGGUUUGACCAAGAAGGAUGAUUCGAUGGCAGCUACGGAGGGUGCAACAUUGGCUGAUAGUAUUGAGAUUUACAAUCGUUUGAUGAAUUUUGACAAAUUUUCUGCUGGUGGGAUUUUGAGUAAGCAACAACAACAACGUUUGCAGCAAUCAACACCACCAAUAUCAUCUGCCUCGACACCAUUGAUCAUUAAGUCAAAACGUAAGAAUGUCCCAUCGCCAUUACCGGAGGAUUUUCAAAUGAAGAUGAAUAUACAAUUUAAGACGGCCGAAUUACCAUCGGCUACCAUUAAAAAUCCCCAAUUGGGGAGCUCAACGCAACCACAGAAAUUUGUACCAAAUGACAUGCAGUAACUUUCCUGCCAAGGCUAUUUUUCCACAUCAAAGUUUUUCACAUUUUUUAACAAGAAAAAAAAACUAUAUAAUAUUUUUUAAACUAUAUAUAUUCUAUUGAAAAAAAAAUGAACAAAAGAAAAAAAUACUUUAAAAAUUAGAAUUUUAAGACAAAGAGAAAUCUAUCUCAAUUUUUGAGAUGAUAUUUUUCUAUUUGAAAGUUUUUUAAACGAGAAAAAAAGUCUCAAUGAUGACAAAGGUUUUUUUUGAAAAGUAUUUCUAUGAGAUGAAUAAGAUUUUAUUUUUUUAAAGAAAAAAAAAGAAGGCCCUACAAUCACAAAUCUCUAAUUUUAUCAGUAUUUUUGAGGAAUGGGGGAUGGCUUUCAAGCUUCGUACACAGUCAUUCUAGCUUCGAACACUUCAUAUUUUUCUCAUAUUCCACAUUAGGGUAAAUGUCCUAAUUCAAAACCAUUUCCAGACGCUUUAACUUUGACAGAAGAUUCAACACAUUAAGUUUAAAUUUUUUUGAAGAGAAUUACAUAAAUAUGCUCCUUAACUCUUCUAGAAUGUUACUGUUUAGUGAAAAUUCUUUAGAUAUAAUUUGAAAACUUCUUAAAUACAAGAAAAAUACGUGAGUGUAAAAUGCUUCUAUUUUAAACAAAUUAGCCCAAAUGGAGACAAGGGAUGUUUCUAAUUGGAGACAAGGGAAGUUUCUAAUUGGAGACAAACAGUGUAAGGCUUCCAAAACCUUGUUGAGUUGCUCCUGAGUGCAGGAUUUGUUCUUAUUCCUGCUCUUUUCACCUUUCCCAUCUAAAACAAUAAAAAAAAUCUCUCCCAAAACAAAUCAUAUAUCCGGGGUUUCCUAUUGAAGCAUUUGCAGACACUUUAAAACAAACUUUGUUCACAAAAAAGGUAAUUAUUGCAUUAGAAAACUUCACGUACCGCGUUAAUAAUAAAGAUUAGCACUUUAUUUAACUAAAAUUAGCAGGGGGUGACAUUACCUUUGAAAAAUGCGACCGGUUUUAGUGUAAUUUUUUCCCUGUUUUCGUACAUAUGUCACGAGAUAUCUCCAAAACUACGUAGGUUGCCAAUUUAGGGUUUUCGGUUGCCUCUUCGUUGUUAAAUUGGCUUUUAUUUUGUAUUAGUAUUUUUUGCUAAUAUUUUUCGGCACCCUAGAAACAUAUGGGAAUCAUAGGAAAUGUCAUGCCCCUGAAAAUUAGCCAUAAAUAUGACAUAAAUAUUAAACAAAACGAAUAAACAACAUUCACUUUAUUGUGUUUUUCAUUGGAAAACAUGGUCGAUCGAUGAAAAAUUCAAUAGUGAAAAGGUACACUUUUAAUUUUUCUGAUAAAUUAACAAAUUAAAAUUUGUGAAUAUGAAUGAAUUUUCGCUUUAUUUGGAACAAAAUUAACUAAAUAAUAAAACUGUGGUAUAGAAAAUAUAUAAAUAUAGUAAUUAAGUACUGUAUUUAUCAUGAAAACAGUGACGUUUCCAUUUAGAGUAGUGAAAAAAUUCCAUUUAGAGCAGGUUCUGAUUUAGCUUAAUUUACCCUAAUGAAUUUGACUUUUUUUCAGGAAAUGUUUGACAAGGUCAGAUCCAUUGAAGAAAUAUGAGAAAAAUAUGAAGUGUGCGAAGCCUGAAAACCUCCCCUAUCUUCUCAUUUUUGUCAGUCGAUUAUUCUAGUAUUUUUUUUU